UUACCUUCAAUUCGCGCGCACUGUCCAAAAACCUCAGCUCUAAACCUUCCGAACCGUACAAAAACCUCAGCUCCGCCGUGUCUCACCUCCGCCGUCGUAUCACCACCACACUACCUGCUCUUCGUCCUCCUCCGCCGCUACCGCUACAUGCCGCCAUUCCGACUACUUUGAACCUCAUCAACAACAAAAUCAAUGGGCUUCCCCCAAUAAUUCAUCCUUUUCUUCACAACCAGAAGUUAAAGAAGAAAACAACAGUUGGUCGGAGAGAUUGACGGCGACUCAGCGUUCCUGAUAGUACUACAAGUUCACCGGGAGCCCAACUCUGUCUUCUGCUCAAUAGGAUCAACCAGAUGCCUUAAUCUUUACUUGGCUACUAAGUACUAAAGUUUAAGUGAUUGAAGCGCAGGAGAUUCUGAAUCUUCUGGAUGGGGAGGAAAUAGCCAGGAGAAUUUACUAUUUUCCACACAGUGAACUAAGGCCUGCUUGGGACAUCAUCUUUUGUGGCAUGCAUUUUAGAUACUCUGGGUUUCACAGUAUAAAAUCUGGUGAAGGUUGAUAUUCAAGAGAGCCCUUGUCACUAUUUGAAUGUGGAAUCAACUAAUAUUGAACUGUUGAGGGUGACAUUAAUAUGUGGCUAAAUUGUGGGAAAUCCUCGUUCUUGAGGAAUGUGAGAAAAGUCUCGCAAUCACAAUUGGUUUUCCAGUUGUGUUCUUUCUCAGACAUUGCUCAGAAGAAGACAAAGCUUGCCCCACUGCAGGAGCGGAGAAUGAUAGACCGCUUUCGUAUAUGGGCAAAAGGAGGCGAUGGUGGCAACGGUUGUAACAGCUUUCGUCGUAGCCGGCACAAUCGCUUUGGAAGGCCCGAUGGUGGAAACGGUGGACGAGGUGGUGAUGUUAUACUUGAAUGUUCUCCAGCAGUCUGGGAUUUCAGUGGUCUUCAGCAUCACAUGAAUGCAAGGAGAGGGGGGCAUGGAACUUCCAAAAAUAUGAUAGGAAGCCGAGGCACUGAUGAGGUUGUCCAAGUACCAGUUGGCACUGUAAUUCAUGUUGUGGAAGGAGAACUUCCUUCUGCAGUUGAGAAAGUUUCUUCAACAACUUUAGAUCCCUGGGAUAUACCCGGUACACUUGCUACUCAUUCAUCUGAAUGCUGUCUACAAUCUCUUCCAACUUGUGAAACCGAAACCACUUUCAAGAAAACCGCCAGUCCUUGUGUUGACAACUCGACUAGUACCAGAUUAGCCACCUGUGCUUCGUCGGAUUCAUCUCAUGCUCAAAUUCCACGUUCGAGAAUGCUCGAAUGUAGUCAGUUGGAAGGUCAAGAUAGUGACGAUGAUGUGUCAGGAACGGAGUGGGAGGAUGAACGGGAGGAGAGUGAGAAUGUGGAAUACGAUGUAGCAGAAUUAACGGAACCAGGCCAACAGAUAGUUAUAGCUCUAGGGGGGAAGGGCGGGUUAGGUAACGUCUCUACGGGAAAGACUUCAAAGAAGACACAGAAGGGAAACGAUGACCCCGACACUGUUGACGCUGCAGAGUAUAUUGAUGAAGAAGUUGCAUCACUAAACGCUGGUUCGCCAGGCUCGGAGGUUGUUCUCGUGUUAGAGCUCAAGAGCAUUGCCGAUGUUGGUCUUGUAGGGAUGCCAAAUGCAGGGAAAAGCACCCUUCUCGGGGCUCUGUCAAAGGCGAAACCUACAGUAGGCCAUUACGCCUUCACGACACUGAGGCCAAAUUUGGGGAAUGUAAACUACGACGACUUCUCAGUUACAGUGGCCGACAUCCCCGGGCUUAUAAGAGGAGCGCAUGAAAACCGGGGGCUCGGGCAUGCAUUUCUACGGCACAUAGAGCGAACAAAAGUUCUGGCGUACGUGGUGGACUUGGCAGCGGCUCUAGGUGACAACAAAGGAAUACCGCCAUGGGAACAGCUUAAAGAUUUGGUUUUGGAACUCGAGCAUUAUCGCGAGGGUUUGUCGGAUCGGCCAUCCUUAGUAGUUGCAAACAAAAUUGAUGAGGAUGGAGCUGAAGAGGUUUAUGAAGAGCUGAAACAAAGGGUGUCUGGCGUUCCCAUUUUUCCUGUGUGUGCAGUUUUGGAGGAAGGAACCUCUGAGCUCAAAGAUAGUCUUAGGUUGCUUGUCAACGGUAUGGAAUCUUGCCGGUUGAAAUUAGACAAUAUUGUUCUUGAUCUCUAACCUCUUCAAAUUUUCCAAAACAAAUCCAAAGAACCUAAUUUAUUUAUGAAUUACUCCC